AUGGUAUCUUGGGAGCUUGAAAAGGCAGCCCGGCUAUUGCGAGAUCCGCCCAUUCAGGAUGGGUCAACUGGAGUACAGUCAAACGCGUUUUGGGUUCUGAUAACGCAACUGCCUACCAAUUUGCAAGACGAGGCCGCAAUUCGUACCUGCUACCGUGAAUGGGGAGCACACAUCACCUUCAUCGGAUUUGUUCCCGACUGUGCCUCAGCGGAGAAGCUGUCGAUAAAACGGCAAACUCUUCUUCGAACGAUCGAACGACGGGAGACAAACUUCAUGUCUGAAAUGGUCCGGCUGCACCGAAGUGAGACUGAGGAGGCAUUUGCACUGCAAUUGGCGGCAGCUUUAUCCCAAAGUCAUAACAAGCUCACCCUUUGUAAGGGUAAGGUCGGAAAAUACGUCAGAUGGAACUUACCAUCGUGGCUACCCUAUGACUUGCAACCAGUCAGUUCGCUUUACCUGAGUCUAAUCUGGCUGAACGCUCGAUUUCGGCAGAAAUUGGCUCGGAUCAAAAACGAACAGUCAACCGCUGCCCUCGUAGCUUUAGACCAAGAUCAUUUUGCCCGUGCCUUAGCCUAUCACCACCCUUCCACUACAAUAUCAGCUUUGAGAAUGCGAUAUCUUGGGGUCACGACGGCUCAUGUGAUACCAUCCAACCUUCGAGGGGCAAGCUUGACGGAUCAGACGAGGCGCGAGACUAUUAACAUCUUGGCCACCAUUCUGGUUGUCCUGUGGACUAUCCCGGUCGGAGCCAGUGGCGUCUUGUCUUAA